AUCAUCCCUUCCGGUCUAUAAAAUCACAGACGCUGGAUCCAUCCGCAUCCAUCACAGAGAGAAGAAAGAAGAGAGAAGACAGAGUGAGAAAAUGCCUGUGGUGGAGAAAUUGAAGAUGUUAAUUGUGCAGGAACCGGUGGUGGCAGCUUCGUGCUUCAUCGCUGGCGUUGGCCUCUUCCUGCCUGCUGUCGUGAGGCCUAUAUUGGACUCCCUUGAAACAUCCAAGCAAGUUCCUCAACCUGCACUAAGUGAUGUUGUUGCAGGCAUGACUGGUAAAAAACAAGGGUAAUAUGGAUUGUUGCUGUGAGUGAUGAUCUUCUUUUGUCCUCCUUCGUACCAUCUACAAAUACUCUUUUAGAUUUCAUUUCAUCAGCAAUGGAAUAAGUAUGAGACUCAUAUUUUUUUUGUGGAGAACUAGAUGCUGAAACCUUUGAUUUCUUCCAUAAUUAUCAAUUGAAGAACUUACCUCACAAUCCAAAGUUUGGUAUGGAUGAA